AUGGAAGAUAUGAAGGACACCAUGUUCACCUUCUUCUUUUUGCUCCUUGGCAUCUGCCAAAUUCAUGCCGCCAGCUUGUUAUGUUAUAUUGUUUUGUCUCAACAGAAUAAAAACUUCACUGGGUCGCUGGAUGAGCUGGGGGUCUGUCACUGCUCGGUUGUCCUCCCAGACUCUACCUUUCCUGCUGAUCGUUUUGAGAUGUUAGAGAUGUCCAGCCAUAACUUGACCAUCACUGUUGAACAGCAGAUCACUAAGAUCCACCACUAUGAGAGUACCUUGAUUAUUUACAUGGAGCGGCUGGUCGAGCUGACCAAACGGGUGGAGAUAAUGGAGACGGGAAGUGUCACAUACACUGAGCUGGAAUUUGAGCUGGUGAAGUUGGAGAUUAAAGAAAUGGAGGCCCUGAUACUGCAGCUGAAAUCAUCAAUGAACAGUACCAAUGUUGAGGUGGAAACUCUCUACCUUCAGAUCCGCAACAUUUCCAUAAUGGUGAACCAGCUGGAGGUCUAUGAUAAGAAUAAUGUUUUAGUUAUCAAGAGAGAAAUUGCAUCACUGAAGAAACAACUUGAAGAUUGUGAAAAGAACAAAACAGGAGAUUACCCUUCGUUUCCUCCGAUGGGCAAUGGUACCUAUCAACGUGGACUCAUUAGCAGCAUCGGUAAACCAUUCAUAGUGCAACUGAACUAUUAUGGAGCCAGCUACAGAUUUGGAGGAUGGGGAAGAGAUUCAAUGGCAGGAGCUGAUCAGAAUGUUCAGUGGGUGUCUCCUCUCCAUACAGAUGGAAGGAUGAUGUACUAUUUGCGUACCUACAAUACAUACAACGAUCUUCUGACCCAUAAACAUGCCUUGGACAGAAGCAUCAGUAAUACACAUUAUGGACAAGGAGGAGGAAUGAUUAUGUAUAAUAAAAUAAUGUACUAUAAUUGCUACAACAAUAGAAAUAUAUGCAAAUAUAAUCCACAGACCAAUGUACUGGAUUUCAGCCUUGCUCUCCCUAAUGCUGCUUACAACAACCGAUUCCCCUAUUCAUCCUCAACUUGGCAAGAUAUUGACAUGUCCAGCGAUGAAGAAGGACUUUGGGCAAUAUAUUCAACUGAGGAAAAUGCUGGAAACAUUGUCAUCAGUAAACUAGAUCCCCUAUCUCUGGCGGUAAAACAGACCUGGAUCACAUCCUAUUACAAGCCGGCUGUCACUAAUGCAUUCAUGGCUUAUGGGGUUUUGUAUCUUACUAAACCUCUUAGUACACAAAAAGAAGAAAUAUUUUACAUGUAUGAUACAAAAACUGAAAAGGUGGGAUGGGUGAACAUUCCCUUAGAAAAACCAAUGGAGAAUGUGCAAAGUCUCCAUUAUAAUCCUAAUGAUCAUAAGCUCUACAUGUACAAUGAUGGCUACUUGGUCAACUACGACAUCACUUUUAAGCCUGCUGAGGAAGGUAAAGCUCACAUAAAGCCCUAUAAGUCCACACCUGCAAAAAAGUAGAGGAUUAGGGCAAUACAAAUAUGGGCAGGUCACCAUAGCCUUUAAGACUGUCCAAGGUGAAUAGGAUCCCUACCUGACUGAUCACUAAUUAAUAAUCAUAAUGAGGAAUAAUCACACAUCUAUUCUCAAAGAUCAGUUUUUAUCAUUUAAAUUGUGUGUUUUAUUUACAUAGAAUGAAUCUACAGAAAAAAAUAGUAAAGUAACUUUGCAAAUAUAUUGUAAUACAUUACUGAUCCUAAGUUACGUGUAUUGUUAUUGCAUUCUGCAAGGUGUCUGUGUCACUCUAGGUACUGGACUGUAAUGUCAUUUCUAAAAAAUUAAAUGCCCUAUCCUAUUAUAGGAGUUUAGAUAAACAACAAGGGCUGUUUCAGUCACUACAUUUGGUGAUUUGUUUUUAAGUGAACUGGUAAUAUUGUUAAUGCAGAUCCUGGUAUCUCUAACUAUCAGUACAAGAUAAUGCAGGGAAAAUGUAGGAUUUUAAUAGAGGUUUCCAAGUGAGCUGGUGACAACUUUAGAUACGACACAACUUUCUACACAAAUUACUUCAUAUGUUUUGAAUAAGGUGGUUUAUGGGUUCGGAUCUAUGGGUUCUAUGAAAAAAUGUUUAAAUUGUUUAAUCUAUCAUAUUCAUAAAAAAUC